GGGCGGAAACAUGUGAUUGCCUCCGCAGCCGCAUAGACAGCGCAUAGCGGUUCCCGUAUGCGUUUGUUUGGUUAAAUUGCAACAUGGCCACCCAAAGUGGAGUCGUGGUGCCUCGUAACUUCCGGCUGCUGGAGGAACUGGAGCAGGGCCAGAAAGGUGUCGGCGAUGGCACCAUCAGCUGGGGCCUCGAGAACGAUGACGACAUGACCCUGACUCACUGGACAGGGAUGAUCAUUGGACCCCCCAGGACGCCCUACGAAAACAAAAUGUACAGUUUGAAAAUAGAAUGCGGUCCGAGGUAUCCUGAAGAGCCUCCUAGUUGUAAAUUCCUUUCAAGAAUCAAUAUCAAUUGCAUAAACACCUCUAACGGAUUGAUCGAUAGUCGGUGUGUGCCAGUUUUAUCAAGAUGGCAACGAGAGUACACGAUCAAAACCCUGCUGCAGGAGCUGCGCCGACUGAUGACCGUGAAGGAAAAUCUGCGACUCUCGCAGCCGCCGGAGGGCAGUUCAUUCUAGCCUCCAGACAGCCCUCCUCAGUUCCCCUGCCUCACCCACUGAUAUGAAAGAAACCCUGUUUCCCUUUCUCCCUCCCUCCCUCCCAACCCUCUCUAUCUAUCUGUUUUUUUUUAUUCAAAUCAUAUUUUGCGAAUCCUUGAACACCCACUCACUCACUCACUCACUGACAGGAAAAAAAAAGAAUUAAUGAACGGUGGUUUUGGAUCUGUUUCCCGGUUGGUUUCAGACAAAUCUCUUGAAAGAGCCACGGCGGCGCACGCCAAUGGCGACAAUGGCGCGUGUACAUACUUGUAUAGGUUCUCGCUUCUAUUGUUAGACACGCUCUCACUGCAUGCGCUUGUUCACGGGCGUGCGCGUGUUGAUUUUUACUAUUAAGAUCGAUCAUUACGAUAUAUUAUUAUUAUUAUUAUUAUAGCUACGGUAUAAAAAAAAUGCAGAUCGUGACUAAAAAUUAAUCGUGCAAGGAUGCAUCUAGCUGCCACACCGGCCAUGGACAAUUUGUUUAACGUGAAGAUGGAAGGAAAUAAAUUGCGAGAGUUGAACUUCUAAA